AUGACCUCUUCUGACCACAGCACGAAGGAUGUCAUUGACAUCUCCGACGACUCGCCAGGUCCGUCACAGGCAUCGGGCGCUGGACCAUUCCCAGCCCCCUCGACGGCCCAAGCGGCCGCAGAGGUCCUGACCAUCAACUCUGCGCAGCCAGGCAAUGCAGGCCCCUCCCAGGGUUCUUCUCCUCCCGCCAGCAACGCCGCGGCCGAGGUGGUUCGAGCCCUGGAGGGCGUGCACCGGGGAGUGACGGCCCGUCUGGACAGGACCAAUCUGGCACAGCCCAUCGAGGAGAACACGCGGGACAUCCAGGAGCUCCGGCGCAAGAACGACGCCAACCUCCAAGGCAUCACCGAGGUUGGACAGACACUCGCCAGCCACGCGCAGAUGCUCCGGGACGUCCAGGCCGGCAUGGAAAACCUGUAUGGAGGUUCCCCCCUCUCUGCGCAGCCUCCUUCGCCGGAGCCGGAGCCGGAGCCGGAGCCAGAGCGAUGCAUUAUCACCUUCUGGGUCUCGCCCGAGAUGAGAGCGAAGAUCAGGGGAUUUGAGGACUUCUGA